CUACACUGGUCUAAACUGAUUGUAUUUUAAUUUCCGUUACGGCUCGUGCCAUUGGCUGCUCUUAUGGAUCGAGUGGUGUCGACGACCAAUUAAACAGCACAUGGCAAAUUUUAUUAUCGGUUAAGGUUUGUCAGACGAAAAUCUUUCAUACACAUCAUAAUGGGGAAACGGGAAGAGAUGUGUUUAUUGUAAAAUUUAGGAAAUAUUCUAAACAAUGCCGGAUAAUCAAAAGGCUGCUGAAAGUUCCCAUAAUCCGAAGUCUAUCGGCUGUUCAUCAUCAGUAGAUCGUUCCAGUGGAAGUUCGGGUCCAUCCACACCACAUCAUGAACAUAGUGAACACAGCAGGAGUGAAACAGAACUAAAUCCUAAUAAAGGACAGACUCUGAAAUAUGGUGAACUCGUUUUAUUAGGAUACAAUGGAUGUUUACCUCAAGGUGAAAAGGGUAGAAGAAGAAGCAAGUUUGUUCUGUAUAGAAGACCUGUUCCAAAUGGAGUUAAAAAAUCCAGACACUAUGUUGUCAAAACUCCUCAAUCAUCAAAAGCUAUAUUAGACAGUAAACAGCAUUCUAUAUCUUACACCUUAUCAAGAAACCAAGCUGUUAUUGUAGAAUAUAUGCCAGAUGAAGAAACUGAUAUGUUUCAGUAUUAAAGUUAAAUGAAAUUAAGAGAUUGACAGUAGUUCUGAACACUGAAGAAAUUUUCACAUCAAGAUAUUCAAGAUAAGUUGGGCAAUGUAUGUCCUCAGGUAUUUUAUACCCAGAUGCUUGUAGUAGUUUUUUCUGACUUUUCAAAAAUUUCCAAUAAUUUACAUUUUUUGUCCUACAGUUAAAACAAAGAUGGACUGUUGACAAUAAGAAUAUUAAAAUGAAUUAACUAUUAUAGUAUAAUAAAAUUAAUGAAAUGUUAAUUUAAUGUGUAAUGUGUGUAUA